GAUCUUUGCUCGGCUUCGUGAACGGUUCCCGGUGGCUCUGCCACGGCCUCUGUGGCGCUGUCAUCUGUACGGGUCGUAAACAGGACUCAGGGAGACCAGGAAACCUAGAAAUGGAUGCUGUGGCCAUUGAAGAUGUGGCUGUGAACUUCACCCUGGAGGAGUGGGCCUUACUGGAUCCGCCACAGAAGAAACUGUUUAGAGAUGUGAUGCAGGAAACUUUCAAGAACCUGGACUCAGUAGGCAAAAAAUGGGAAGAUCAUGACGUUGAAGAUCAGGACAAAAACCAGGGAAGAAAACUCAGAAGUCAAAUGGUAGAAAGACUCUAUGAAAGUAAAGAGGGUAGUCAAUGUGGAGAAAAUUUCAGCCUUACCUCAAAUCUCAGUCUGAACAAGGAAACCACUGAAGUAAAACCACAUGAAUGCAAUACAUGUGGAAAAGUCUUCAUGCAUCAUUUUUCCCUUAAUUGGCACAUCAGGUGUCACACUGGACAAAAACCAUAUGAGUAUCUAAAAUAUGGAGAGAGGCCAUUUAAAUGUAAGAUUUGUGGGAAAGCUUUUAUUUUUUCAAGUUUAUUUAAAAUACAUCAAAGGAUGCAUACUGAAGACAAAGCCUAUCACUGUAAGGAAUGUGGGAAAGCCUUCCGUUUUCGGGCAUCUUUGCAAAUACACGAAAGGAUUCACACAGGAGAAAAACAGUAUGAAUGUGAGGAAUGUGGGAAACCUUUCAUGUGGCUCACAAGUUUUCGAAGACACAUGGCAAUGCACAAUAGAUACGGACCUUAUAAAUGUAAACAGUGUGGAAAAGUCUUUAGAUAUCAUCGUGCUUUUCAAUCACAUGAAAGGACUCACACAGGAGAUAAGUCCUAUGAAUGUAAGCAAUGUGGCAAAGCUUUCAAUUCUCAACGAGGUUUCCAAGCACAUCAAAGAUAUCACCAAGGAGAGAAUCCCUAUGAAUGUAAACAAUGUGGAAAAGUCUUUAGAUAUCCUCAUACUUUUCAAGCACAUGUAAAGAUUCACACAAGAGAGAAACUCUUUGAAUGUAAGCAGUGUGGUAAAAUUUUCAUUUCUCAUCGAGGUUUCCAAGUGCAUGAAAGACAUCACAAAGGAAAGAAACCUUAUGAAUGUAAGAAAUGUGGUAACGCCUUCAGCUCUCAUCAAGGUUUUGAAAUACAUGUAAGAAGAAAUCACAAGGGAGAGAAACCCUAUGAGUGUAAGCAAUGUGGUAAAGGUUUUAAUUGCCAUCGAGGUUUCCAAUUACAUGAAAGAAAUCACAACAGAGAGAAACCCUCUGAAUGCAAAUGUGGUAAAGCUUUUGGUUAUUACCAUUACCUGCAAUUACAAAGAGGAACUCAUAUGGGAGAGAAACCCUAUGAAUGCAAGGAAUGUGGGAAAACCCUAGGCAGUAACAAAGCCUUAAAGAUACACAAGAGACUGCACACAGGAGAGAAACCCUAUGAAUGUCAGCAAUGUGGGAAAGCCUUCAGGAAUCCAUCUGGAUUUCGGUCACACAUGAAAAUACAUGGUGGGGAUAGACCGUAUCAGUGUAAGGAAUGUGGGAAAGCCUUCAUUUAUCCAUCACGUGUUAGGGCACACAUGCGAGUCCAUGAUGUAAAUAGACCUUACCAAUGCAAGGAAUGUGGGUUAGCAUUUUAUUUUCCCAGUACAUUACGCAGGCAUGAAAUGACUCACACUGGAGAGAAACCCUGUGAAUGUAAACAUUGCGGUAAAGCAUUCAGAGAUCACAGUUACUUAAAAAUACACGAGAGAAGUCAUACUGGAGAGAAACCCUAUGAAUGUAACCAGUGUGGUAAAGCUUUUUCUUCUCAGAUAGGUUUCCAAGUACAUGUAAGAAGUCACACUGGAGAGAAACCAUAUGAAUGCAAGGAAUGUGGGAAAUCCUUCAGUUAUCCCAGUUCCUUCCGAAGGCAUAAAAAGACCCACAGGAUACAUCCUCUUGAAUGUAAACAGCAUAAGAAAGCCUGAUCCACAUUCCUACAUGUGGGGGAAAAAACCGAAAAAGAGAUAAAUGUGAGUAACAUGAGAAAGCUUGAUGGAAAUUC